GUUGUGGCUGGCAAGCUGUUUAUCCUACCGUACCGCACCGACCGUCAGUAGUAGCAGCGGGAGUAGGGGGAGAAGGAGGAGGAGAGGCGGCAUCGUGACGUACUCACCGGGGACACGGACCGCACCGGAGCAGAGCUCAUUUUCAAUCCUAUCACAGUUGAGGAAGUGCUUGUCGGUGGACAGCAGCUUGGCGAUGCGGCGCAAAAACACGGCCGAGUCCGGUUUGCAGAUGUAGCGGGCAUUAUCGUACACGCAGUUUUCGUACGCAUACCGAGCACUGUAUAAAUGGAGACGAAGAAAAAACCAAAAAAAAAAGAUAGGCCGAAGAAAAACGGUUUACUAAGACCGUUGCCACUGGCAGUGUGGUACAGUAGUGCAGUGGCGCGGGGUAGGCCUUGCUUACCAGCAAAAGUUUACGUAUUGAACAUUGAUUGACUGCUUGGUGAUGCGGGCCAUUUCCUCCUUCAGCACGCCUAUGAACUGGUUCGAGCAGAGAUCCCACUCGGGAUGUACCAGCUGGAAGCAGCUCUUGUGCCGUAGAAAUUCUGCCGAAAUGGCUCAUUUGAUACUUACCACGCUGGAAGGCUUGAUCGUAGCACAGAUACUCGUACAGCUUCUGUGCACCGUACACUUCGUUUUCGAUAAUUUUCCGCUGCCGCGCAUUGACGCACUCCCUCAGAUACUGGCGGACGCAUUCCAUUCCGCGGUUGAAGAUCCUUGUUCGGAGAGGGCACAACAAAACAAAUGGCAAUGCAAGCAAGAACUCGAUAUGUGGGCGUCUCCAUUAGAGUGUACUCUUCAGUCCGUGACAGUGAUAACGCAUCGAACCGGACGAAGAUGGCAGAAAAUGUUGGGCCGUCCUUACUCAAGCGGAAAUAUUCGCACGAAAUAUCCACCACACGCAAGACGCCGAGCAACGUGGGUGAAGAAGUGUGGAUACUUACAUCCCCAUAAUGUACACCCAAAUAUCCACCAGACGAUGCGUAGUCCACGUUCCGUGCGCUUAACCGACAUGUUUAGCAGUGAUGCAAACGAGAUAUACUGCAUACUGCACAACCUACGAACUCACACUACACAACUACGGCCAGCGCGGUACGGCAAUGCAGAGCCUGGCAACACACUGGCAGCCUUCCCCGAACCGGUCUGCGGACAGAUUUCCCAGAUGCUCGACGGCUGUUUCCACAACGUCACGCCCAACGCUACCGCCGAGCUGCUGCACACGGUCCAGAUACCAGAAACCAUCGAGCAGAUCAACAGCCGCUGCCGGCUGUUCAAUCGGGGCAUGGACUGCGUGGAACGCUAUCUGGAUGUGUGCGUAGACGCGAAGGAGCGGUUCAUCAUCGACAGUGAGGUGUACGGUGCGAAGCGAUUGUAUCAGUUCCUGUGCCGCGAUCGAGCAUUCCAGCAAGAAUUUCUCUGGCACAAGGAGUGCUUCCAGCUGGUGCACCGAGAUCUGGACUCCUGCUCGAAACGGUUCGUCUCCAUACUCAAGGAGGAAAUUGCCAAAACCACCAAACAGUCGCUCAACGAGCAGUACAUGCAUUUUUGCUGUGCACGAUACGCGUACGAGAACUGCGUGUACAUCAGCGCCCGGUACAAGUGCAAACCGGACUCGGCCGUGUUUUUGCGCCGCAUCGCCAAGCUACUGUCGAGCGAUAAGCACUUUCUCAACUGUGAUAAGAUCGAAACCGAAGUGUGCUCGUCCGUUGGAAGGCCGGCUGCUCGAGGGGGGUGGUGGUGGUCGAUGGCCGUUCUGUUCGUUUUAUCGUUCGUCGUCAACGCUUAGAGUGGGCACGUGGACAGGGUUGCUGAAAAUGUAAUCCUAUUUUCCGAACCACUCGCUACACAACCCCCCGGUAACCUCGGUGAUCAAUCCAUCCAUUCAUUGUCACAUCCGGUAGGGUUCUUUUGCUUUUGCUUCAUGUCCACACUCGACCUUCCAUCUACUCCUCCUCCACCUCCACCUUCAACUCUUGAACGAAAAGCUUGUUAUUGUAUUUGGACUUUUACAAUGUGUUACACCAUCACCGCUUCGCAGUGCGAGCUGGUGGCAAUAAAAAAAAGCAAA